UUUUGGAAUAAGGGCUGAGCCGAUGGAAAGCACGUCAGCUAUUCAGCAGCAGAGACAGACGAAGGGCAACGAAAAAGAAAGUCUCCAACCCACUACAGGGGACUGGGGGACAAUUCCCGGCCACUGACUUUUACUAAGGAAGAAAACGCAAACUUUAUCCUAUUUAACGUUUGGAUUUAAAAUAAAUAAAUAAAGGGCGAGAAUUUGGAUCUAACUUUAUGAUUUUGGGACGUUAUGCCAGCAUUGUGCCUUAUGAUAGGGAAAAAAAACCUUGUUCAAACUUAUCUAUAAGAGCCUGAACUAUAUCAGGAGACCAGGAUGGAUCACGACUUGUUUGGCGGGGCCCCACGGUUCCUCACACGGCCCAAGACCUUCUCUGUGUGUGUAGGGAGGGAUGCCACUCUGAGCUGCACCAUUGUGGGCAACCCUGUACCAGUAGUGACCUGGGAGAAGGACAAGCUGAUUAUCUGCUCAGGUGGGCGGUUCAAGACAGUGGAGGAUGGUAAUGUGUACCGAUUGACCGUCUACGACCUGACACUGGAUGACAGUGGGCAGUAUAUUUGCAGGGCCAACAAUAACGUGGGUGAGGCAUAUGCAGCUGUUACUCUCCACGUUGGCCUACCUGAAAACCAAGUGGAGCGUCCUCCUUCUUUUGUCCUGAAACCUGUCUCGGGAAGGGUCAGCUUGGGAGAGGAUGUUGCCUUUCAGUGCCGGGUCUUGGCUUAUCCAGAGCCCACGUUCAGCUGGGAGAAGGAUGGGAGAUACAUAGGAGAGUCAAACAGGUUAAAGAUUUUGUUCAAUGGAGAAUUGAGUUCCUUGAAUAUCCAGUGUGUGAGGUUCACCGACGGAGGAACUUACACCUGCCGGGCUCAGAACUCCCUCGGCAGGGCCAGCGCAUCUGCGGCCCUGGUUGUAGACCACCAGGAUGCCAACAACCUGGCCAAUGCAGCUUCAGAAAAGGCCACCUCCCUGCUGUCGCACCUGCAGAAGCGUCGGGAGGAGAUGCGCAAGACCGAAAUCGACCUUUACCGGUCUAAUGACCACAACACGGUCGCCACCUAUUCUUCCUCUUCCAGUAGCACUCUGGGAUUGAGUCUGACGCAGGAUUACGAACGUGCCGCCUCCUUGGCGGGGAAUCUACCCAAGGGUGUUUUUACCCGCACCUGCACGGUGACAGAAGGGAAGCAUGCCAAGCUCAGUUGCUACGUCACAGGCCGGCCCAAGCCGCAGAUCAUGUGGAAGAAAGACGGAGUAGCCAUCAACGAGGGUCGCAGGCAGGUUAUGUACGAGGAUGAAGAGGAGAACUUCAUCCUCAAGAUUCUAUACUGCAAGCAGAAUGAUAACGGCCUUUACACCUGUACCGCCUCCAACCUGGCUGGGCAGACCUACAGUGCUGUCCUGGUCAUUGUCAAAGAGCCCAGGGUGCCAUUCAAAACAAAGCUCCGGGAUGUGGAGGUGCCGGAGAAGAAGACGGCCACCCUGCAGUGCGAGGUGCCCAUCUCCACCACCGAAGCCAGCUGGUUCAUGGAGGAGACCAAGCUGAGCCAGAGCUCCAAGUACCUCAUGGAGGAAGAAGGCACUCUGCGGCGCCUCACCAUCCACAACAUCACCACCGACGAUGACGCCGUUUACAUCUGUGAGAUGAAGGAGGGCAGCCGGACUGUGGCCGAGCUCGCUGUCAUAGGCAACAUCAUCAAGAAACUUCCCCGGAAGACCGCCCUGCCUGUGAGCGACACUGCCAUGUUUUGUGUGGAGUUGCAGUCCAGCUGUUCAAACUGCUACUGGACCCGGAAUGGCGUGGAGCUAAGAGCUGACAGCAGGAUCACCAUCGUAUCCUCGGGCAAGCAGCACACCCUGACCAUCCGUGAAUGCUGCGCUGAGGACUCCGGCGAGAUUGCAUUCGUGGCCGGUGACUGCAAGACCUCCACUAGCUUCUCUGUGACCGCCCCCAGGAAGCACCCUCCAGAUCCCCCAAUCAACCCUGUGGUGAAGGACAAGACUGGAAUUUCCAUUACCCUGUGCUGGUCUCCUCCUGAGAUGGACAGACCUGUCCCCAUCUCAGGGUACCUAGUGGAGAGAAGGAAGGUGGGGAGCCAAACCUGGAUGAGGUGCCACAGCUCGGAAAAUGUACCCAGCUCAGAAUUCACAGUCAGCAACUUGACCGAGGAGGGUAGCUACAACUUCAGAGUUACUGCCGUGAACAGCUUCGGCCACAGCUCACCACUGGAGUUCCCAGGGACCUUCUAUCUGGAACCCAAGGCAUCAGUGAAAACUCCACUGCUGGAUGUGACAGCUUUGGCUGAAGGAGAAGCCACCUUCACUAUUGAACUGUCUGUGGCCUGCUCCGGGGUGUGGCUCCUGAAUGGGAAGAUCCUCAGAAGUGGCCAGGACUACCUCAUCUGCAGGACAAAGAACACCCACACCUUGGUCAUCAGGAGGGUCUCUGAGGCUGAUGACGGCGCUGAGCUCAAGUUCAUGGCCGGCAGCACUGAAAGCGUCUGUAGGCUCCGCGUGAAGGCUGCUGCAGCACGACUUACCAACAAGUCUGCAGAAAAGGAGGCUGUGACUGUGGGUCUACACAGAUCAGCAGAACUGCUGGCUGAGGUAUCGCAUUCAGCCGCCAAAGUGACGUGGAUGAAGGACGGGAAGGAGCUGAAGAUAGGAAAGAAAUAUGAAAGCGUAAUCAUAGAGCAGAAGCGCAUCCUAAAGGUUCACAAUGUGACGGAGGAGGACGUGGGCUUCUAUGAGUGUGUCUGUGAUGGGGACAAAAUGGCACUGCAGCUCGCCCUGAAAGCUGAGGCCCCCAAGAUCACCGUCAAGGACAAAUCUAGCGAUGCUGUCAAGGUGGUGUCCGGGGAGGGGGCAGAGUUUGUGGCAGAGACCUUAGAGAGCAAUGCAAAAGUGCAGUGGUACAGAGAGGGCAAGGAGAUCCGACAGACCAAAAAAUUCAUCAUGGAGAGCAAAGGCAGGCAGCACAAACUGAUCGUCACCACUGCCAAGAAAGAGGAUGAAGGAACGUACACGUGCAAGGCAGGAGGAGACACAGUGACUUUCACACUAACAGUGACAGAAACAACUGCGACCUUCACUAAGAAGUCGGUGACGAAAACAGAAUUCUCUUCGACCGUGGGAGAGACAGUAGUCCUGGCCUGUGAGGUGGCCCAGUCCUCAGCAAAAGGAAAAUGGAUCAGGAAAGGACAGGAAGUGAAGCAGAGCAAAGAUGUUGUUGUGGAAACAGAAGGCACAACCAGAAGGCUGGUACUGAAAACCGCAAAAGCCAGCGACUCAGGGACAUACACAUACAAACUCCCAGAGGAUGAGAUAACAUUCAAUGUUAACGUGAAAGAACCAGAGCCUGUGUUUACCACAAAAGCUCCAGUUCAGAAGGUGGUGAAGGCCCAUCCAUCAGAGAAGGCCACCCUGAGCUGUGAGGUGUCUCAGACCCAGACUGAGGUGAAGUGGUACAAGGACGGCAAACUGCUGAGCUCCAGCAAGAAGACUAAUGUGGAAUCAGACGGAAAGACUCGCCGGCUUGUGGUGGAGAGCGUGGAGAAGAAGGAUGCUGGGGAUUAUACCUGCGAGGCUGCCGGGGAGAAGAUGACCUUUAAAAUCCAGGUUGCAGAACCUGAGCCUGUGUUUGCCACAAAGGCUCCUGUUCAGAAGGAGGUGAAGGUCCUUCCCUCAGAGAAAGCCACCCUGAGCUGUGAGGUGUCCCAGACCCAGGCUGAGGUGAAGUGGUACAAAGAUGGCAAACUGCUGAGCUCCAGCAAGAAGACCAAAGUGGAAUCAGACGGGAAGACUCGCCGGCUUGUGGUGGAGAGCGUGGAGAAGAAGGAUGCUGGGGAGUAUACCUGCGAGGCUGCCGGGGAGAAGAUGGCCUUUAAAAUCCAGGUUGCAGAACCCGAGCCUGUGUUUGCCACGAAAGUGCCAGUUCAGAAGGAGGUGAAGGUCAGCCCCUCAGAGAAGGCCACUCUGAGCUGUGAGGUGUCCCAGACCCAGACUGAGGUGAAGUGGUACAAGGACGGCAAACUGCUGAGCUCUAGCAAGAAGACCAAAGUGGAAUCAGAUGGGAAGACUCGCCGACUUGUGGUGGAGAGCGUGGAGAAGAAGGAUGCUGGGGAGUAUACCUGUGAGGCUGCCGGGGAGAAAAUGGCCUUUAAAAUCCAGGUUGCAGAACCCGAGCCUGUGUUUGCCACGAAAGUGCCAGUUCAGAAGGAGGUGAAGGUCAACCCCUCAGAGAAGGCCACUCUGAGCUGUGAGGUGUCCCAGACCCAGACUGAGGUGAAGUGGUACAAGGACGGCAAACUGCUGAGCUCCAGCAAGAAGACCAAAGUGGAAUCAGACGGGAAGACUCGCCGGCUUGUGGUGGAGAGUGUGGAGAAGAAGGAUGCUGGGGAGUAUACCUGCGAGGCUGCUGGGGAGAAGAUGGCCUUUAAAAUCCAGGUUGCAGAACCCGAGCCUGUGUUUGCCACGAAAGUGCCAGUUCAGAAGGAGGUGAAGGUCAGCCCCUCAGAGAAGGCCACUCUGAGCUGUGAGGUGUCCCAGACCCAGACUGAGGUGAAGUGGUACAAGGACGGCAAACUGCUGAGCUCUAGCAAGAAGACCAAAGUGGAAUCAAAUGGGAAGACUCGCCGACUUGUGGUGGAGAGUGUGGAGAAGAAGGAUGCUGGGCAGUAUACCUGUGAGGCUGCUGGGGAAAAGAUGGCUUUCCACAUUGAAGUGACAGAACCAGUCACCAAGUUCCAGAAGAAACCCCCCCAGAAGCCUAUCAUGGUUCAGGAGAGUGAGACUGUUACCCUGGCGACGGAGGUGACCAUUGACAGUGCAACAGUGAGGUGGUUCAAGGACAGUGUGGAGUUAAAGGAGGGGAAGAAGUACGAGAUAAAGAAGCAAGGCAUGGCGAGGCUGCUGGUGGUGAAAUCAGCCGAAUCCAAGGACAGCGGCACCUAUACCUGCGAGACAGCUGGGGACAAGCAGGACUUCAAAGUGCAGGUCAAAGAGGCUCCGUUGAAGUUUGUAAAGAAACUCGAAGCUGUAACUGCCGAGGUAGGCGAGAACGUUACUCUGACUUGCGUGCUGAACCGUGCCAAGGGUGAUGUCCUGUGGCGCCGACGUGGGACAGAGAUCACAUCCAGCGGCAGGUUUAAGAUCCAGACGGAUGGUUCCAAGCGCAUCCUGACAAUACUGGGGAUCACUCAGGAAGACAAGGGGGAGUACUGCUGUGAAAGCAAGGAUGACAAGACCACCGCCAUGGUCUCAGCUAAAGAAUUGCCUGUGAUGUUCAAGAAGAAGCUGGAAAACCGAACGGUGGAGGAGCGAGAGGAGGUGGUUUUGGAGGUGGAGUUGAGCAAACCCUCCACAGAGGUGAAGUGGAUGAAAAACAGUGUGGUGCUGCAGCCCAGCAACAACAUCGAGAUCCGAGUCGAAGGGGCCAAACAGACCCUUGUCAUAAAAAACGUGACCUUCCCUGACCGCGGAUACUACAGCUGUGAGACCCUGGAUGACAAGACGCAGGCCAAGCUCAAUGUGGAGAUGAUGAAGAUCAAGCUGGUACAUGGGAUAGAAGAAGUGAAAGUACAGGAGAAAGAGACUGUCACCUUCGAGGUUGAGCUGAGCCACACAGAUGUGGAGGGGUCCUGGGCUAAGGAUGGGCUGAAGCUGCGGGCUGGCGGCAACUGCAGGAUCACCACCCUGGGGAAGAAGCAUGCCCUGACACUGUCCAACCUCAAACUGGAGGAUGCAGGCCUAAUUUCUUUUCAGGCUGAAGGGGUGCACACUUCUGGUAGACUCAUUGUGACAGAGCCUGCUGUGACAUUCACAAAAAACCUGGAAGAUGUCAGCGUCCCAGAGAAGGAGAAGGUCACUUUGGAGUGUGAACUUUCCAGGCCCAACGCAGACGUCAAGUGGUUCAAGGAUGACAUUGUGCUAAAGCCAGGAAAAAAGCUGGGGAUCAUCUCUCUGGGCCGCAAGAGGAGCAUCCUGAUUCACAAGUGUGCCUACGAAGACCAGGGCUUGUACACGUGUGAUGUGGUGGACAGCAAGACUUCAGCGAAACUCACUGUUCAUGCCCGGGACAUUAAAAUCCUGAAGCAGCUGGAGGAUGUGGAGGUGGUGGAGAAGGAGAGUGCAGCAUUCGUCUGUGAGAUCUCCCAUGACGAGGUGGAGACGCAGUGGUUCAAGAACAACGUCAAGUUGAAGCCAGGAGACAAUGUCAAGAUGAGACAAGAAGGAAGGACCUUCGUGCUGCUGUUCAAGUCAGUCAAGUCUGAGGAUGCAGCAGAAAUCAAAUUUACUGCUGAAAGUGCGACAUCCACAGCAAGCUUGAGAGUCAAAGAGCUGCCUGUGAAAAUAGUGAAGCCCCUCCGUGACAAAACAGCCAUCGAGAAGCACCGGUGUAUUUUUGAGUGCCAGGUGUCCCGCCCCAACGCCCAGGUGAAGUGGUAUCAGAAGAGCAAGGAAAUCCAUGCCAGCAAGAAAUACGAGAUGGAGAGCCAAGGCUUGUACAGGAAACUCGUCAUCAACGACAUUGAGUUCAAAGACGAAGACACCUAUACCUGCGACGCCAUUGAUGACAAGACUUCCGCUAAACUCCUUGUGGAAGAACAAGCCAUCAGCAUCGUGAAGGGCCUGAGUCCCGUCGAGGUGACAGAGCCAGCUGAGGCUCGCUUUGAAGUGGAGUUGUCUGUCGUUGAGAUAAAACCACCCAAGUGGAUGCUCAACAGCGAGAUACUUCACGGCAGCCGGGAUGUGGAGAUUGAGCAUGACGGCAACAUCCAUCGCCUCACCCUGAGAAAGACCCACUCCGAGAUGACUGGCCCUGUCCAGUUCACCGCCGGCAAGAGUAAAUCCACUGCACAGCUCACUGUCAGAGAGCCCCCAGUGCAGAUUCUCAAGCAGAUCAAAGACACUGAUGCCGUUGAGAAGGGCUCGGCCACCCUGAGCUGUGAAUUCUCCCCUCCUCCCAAGAUGGUAAAGUGGUUUAAGGACCAAACUCUACUGGAGUCAUCCAGCAAGUACCAUAUGAAGCAGGAGAAGAAUCUGGUGGAGCUAAUUAUUCAGAGUCUGAAGCCAGAAGACUCAGGAGUGUACCGGUGCAAGGCUGGGAACACCGAGACCAAAGCAAAGCUCACUGUGGAAGCUCGCAAGGUGGAGAUAACAAAGCACUUGGAAGCCAUGGAGGUUGUCGAGGAGAGCAAUGCUGUGUUCUCUUGUGAGGUGUCUCACAAAGACGAGGAGGUGCAGUGGUUCCUGAACAACACCCUUCUCUGCUCCAGUGACGUCAACGAGAUCAAGAAAGAUGGGAAAGCCCACACCCUGUCCCUAAAACGACUUGCCGCUGAGGACUCUGGGACUGUGAAGGUCAAGGUGGGAGAGGUCUUUGAGGAGGUCCCGCUCAAGGUCAAAGAAAAGCCAGCCGUGUUCUUGAAAUCCCUGGAUGAUGUGAUAGGGGAGGAGAGAGGAGUAAUAACCCUGGAGUGUGAAGCCUCCAAACCCAACGUUAAGCCUGUCUGGAAGAAAGAUGGUGCUAUCCUGACUUCCAGUGAUAAAUAUGAGCUGCUGCAUGCUGGCAAGACACUGGGGAUCAUCGUCCACAAUCUCAACAAGUCUGAUGCCGGCUUGUACAGCUGUGAUGUUGGCACCGACAUUGCCAAAUCCAAAGUCACUGUCCAAGACCUAAAUAUCGGAAUCACCAAGAAGCUGAAGACAACAGAGGUAAAGGAGGACGACAGCUGCAGCUUUGAGUGCAUCCUCUCUCACGAGAGCAUUGACGAGUGCUCCUGGACCCUAGGUGGAAAGCCCGUGGAAAGCGGGGGACGGUUUGAGGUGUCUAACAAGGGCCGUAAAUACAUGCUGAAUAUCAAGAAGGUAACGGUAGCCGAUGCUGGGGAAGUCGUCUUCACAGCUAGGAACCUCAACUCCAAAGCCUCACUCAUCAUCAAAGAAAAAGCAGCUACUUUUACCAAACAACUGGAGAACUCGAGUGUAGCUCCAGGUGAAGACAUUGUCCUGAGCUGUGAAACUUCCACGGCUGAGACCAGUGUCAAGUGGUACAAAGAUGGCAAAGCUAUAAGAAAAAGCCAGAAGUAUGAGAUGUGUCAAGAGGGCAACCUGACAAAGCUCAUGGUCCACAACACCACAACCAAAGACUCUGGAGAGUACAGUUGUGAAACAGAGUUCUCCAAGACCAAAGCAACUGUAGAGGUCAAAGAAAAAUUGAGUAGGUUCACAAAGGAGCUGUCUGACCAGAAGGCUGAGGAGAAGGGCUCUGUGACUUUUCAGUGUGAGACUGAGGAGCCUGUGACAAAGGUCACCUGGAGGAAGGGUAUUGCUGAGCUCAAGACUGGAUCAAAGUACCACCUGAAGCAGGAGGGCACCACCCUCUCCCUCACCAUCAACCAGCUGGAGAAGACUGAUAGCGACAAUUACUCCUGUGACAUUGAGGCAGCUCAAUCUAGAGCUAAGUUAACAGUGCAAGGUCAGAAAGUCCUUAUUACAGAAGACCUAGAAGAUGUUGAGGUUUUAGAAGAGGACUCAGCCACUUUUAAAUGUAGAAUUUCUCCUGCCGACUACAAUAAUGUGCAGUGGUUCCUGGACAAAACCCCUCUCCAUACUAAUGAGCUGAAUGAAAUCCAGAGCCAGACAGGAGGCUACCACACCCUCACUGUCAAGAAGCUUUCUAUGAAGGAUUCUGGCAGCAUCUCCUUCGAGGCCGGAGACAAGAAAACAUCUGCUACCCUGGUGGUCAAAGAAAGGCCGUCCGUCAUAACAAAAGAUUUAAAGGACGCUGAAGUCACGGAAGGGGAGGAUGUUGUGCUUUUGUGCGAGACCUCCAAAGCGGGCAGCCCUGUCAAGUGGUACAAGGACGGGAUCACCCUGAAGAGCACCUCCAAGUGCAGCAUCAGCCGAUCUGGCACUGAAGCCAAACUCACCAUCCAUGGUGCGGAGGAAAAACACAGUGGGGUUUACGAGUGUGAGGCGGGAACCACCAGGAGCAGGGCCAGGGUUAGCAUUAAGGCUCAACCAGUCAUUUUCAAGCAAGAGCUCCAAGACAAAGAGUUGGAGGAGGGCGGCGUUGCCACCCUGAGCUGCGAACUCUCUAAACCUGGAGUCCCGGUGGAGUGGAGGAAGGGAGGAGAGGUGCUUAAGCAUGGAGACAAGUACCAGAUGAAGCAGAAAGGUGCUACUGCUGAGCUGCAGAUUAACAAACUAAAACCAGAAGACAGCGGAGGAUAUACUUGUGAAUCUGGAGACCAAAAGACUACCGCCAAUGUCAAAGUCAAUGCAGCCUUGCCAGUCUUUUUCAAACAAGAGCUCCAGGAUCAAAGUGCUAAAGAGGGUGGCUCUGCCACUCUCUGCUGUGAGCUCUCUAAACCUGGAGCCCAAGUGGAGUGGAAGAAGGGAGGAGUGCUGCUUCAGACUGGGGAUAAAUAUAAAAUGAAGCAGAGAGGUUCUGCAGCUGAGAUUGUGAUUCAGAACCUUCAGCCCGAAGACACUGGAGAGUACAGCUGCGCCUGUGGUGACCAGCUGACCACUGCACUGGUCACAGUGAAGGCUCUGCCAGUCCUUUUCAAACAAGGACUCCAAAACCAGGAGUUGAAGGAGGGUGACACUGCCACUCUGCGCUGUGAGCUCUCUAAACCUGGAGCCUCAGUGGAGUGGAGGAAAGAUGGCGAUGUGCUUCAUUCCAGUGACAAGUACAAGAUGAAGCUAAAGGGACUUGCAGUUGAGCUCCAAAUUUCCAAUCUGCAACCCGAGGACACUGGAGAUUAUAACUGUGAAUGUGGAGACCAAAAAACGACUUCCCACAUCAAAGUCAACGCCUUGCCGGUCCUUUUCAAACAAGAACUUCAGAACCAGGAAGUGGAGGAGGGCAGCACUGCCACCCUGCGCUGUGAGCUCUCUAAACCUGGAGCCCUGGUGCAGUGGAGGAAGGGAGGAAUGCUGCUUCAAGCCAGUGAAAAGCUGGAGAUGAGGCAGAAAGGUGUCACUGCAGAAUUGGUCAUUCAUAAACUAGAAGUGGAAGAUGCCGGGGUUUACACAUGUGAUACAGGAGACCUGCAGUCUAAUGCCAGUCUCACUGUUAAAGCCCUGCCAGUCCUUCUCAAAAAAGGACUCCAGGACCAGGAAGCUAAAGAGGGCGGCUCUGCCACCCUGCGCUGUGAGCUCUCUAAACCUGGAGCCCUGGUGCACUGGAGGAAGGGAGGAGUGCUUCUUCAGUCUGAUGAUAAAUAUAAGAUGAAGCAGAAAGGCCACAUUGCCGAGAUGACCAUUAAGAAUUUACAACCUGAAGACACUGGUGAAUACACCUGUGAUACUGGCGACCAGCAGACUACUGCUAAUAUUAAAGUCAAGGCCUUGCCAGUCCUUUUCAAAAAAGGACUCCAGGACCAGGAAGCUAAAGAGGGCAGCUCUGUCACCCUGCACUGUGAGCUCUCUAAACCUGAAGCCCUGGUACAGUGGAGGAAGGGAGGAGUGCUGCUUCAAGCCAGUGAAAAGCUGGAGAUGAGGCAGAAAGGUGUCACUGCAGAACUGGUCAUUCAUAAACUAGAAGUGGAAGAUGCCGGGGUUUACACAUGUGAUACAGGAGACCUGCAGUCUAAUGCCAGGGUCACUGUUAAAGCCCUGCCAGUCCUUUUCAAACAAAAGCUCCAGAACCAAGAGUCAGAGGAGGGCGGCACUGCCACCUUGUGCUGUGAGCUCUCUAAACCUGGAGCCCCGGUGGAGUGGAGGAAGGGAGAAGUGCUGCUUAAACCUGGAGACAAGUAUGAGAUGAAGCAGAAAGAUCACGUUGUUGAGCUAUUUAUUAGCUAUUUACUACCUGGAGACACUGGGGACUACACCUGCGAUACAGGCGACCAGCAGACCACUGCUCAUAUUAAAGUUAAUGCCUUGCCAGUCCUUUUCAAAAAAGGACUCCAGGACCAGGAAGCUAAAGAGGGCAGCUCUGCCACCCUGCGCUGUGAGCUCUCUAAACCUGGAGCCCUGGUGCAGUGGAGGAAGGGAGAAGUGCUGCUUCAAGCCAGUGAAAAGUUGGAGAUGAGGCAGAAAGGUGUCACUGCAGAACUGGUCAUUCAUAAACUAGAAGUGGAAGAUGCUGGGGUUUACACAUGUGAUACAGGAGACCUGCAGUCUAAUGCCAGGGUCACUGUUAAAGCCCUGCCGGUCCUUUUCAAACAAAAGCUCCAGAACCAAGAGUCAGUGGAGGGAGGCACUGCCACUCUGUGCUGUGAGCUCUCUAAACCUGGAGCCCCGGUGGAGUGGAGGAAGGGAGAAGUGCUGCUUAAACCUGGAGACAAGUAUGAGAUGAAGCAGAAAGAUCACGUUGUUGAGCUAUUUAUUAGCCAUUUACUACCUGGAGACACUGGGGACUACACCUGCGAUACAGGCGACCAGCAGACCACUGCUCAUAUUAAAGUUAAUGCCUUGCCAGUCCUUUUCAAAAAAGGACUCCAGGACCAGGAAGCUAAAGAGGGCAGCUCUGCCACCCUACGCUGUGAGCUCUCUAAACCUGGAGCCCUGGUGCAGUGGAGGAAGGGAGAAGUGCUGCUUCAAGCCAGUGAAAAGUUGGAGAUGAGGCAGAAAGGUGUCACUGCAGAACUGGUCAUUCAUAAACUAGAAGUGGAAGAUGCUGGGGUUUACACAUGUGAUACAGGAGACCUGCAGUCUAAUGCCAGGGUCACUGUUAAAGCCCUUCCAGUCCUUUUCAAACAAGGGCUCCAAGGCAAAGAUGCAGAGGAGGGCAGCACUGUCACUCUGAGCUGUGAGCUCUCUAAACCUGGAGCCCCGGUGGAGUGGAGAAAGGGAGGAAUGCUGCUUAAACCUGGAGACAAGUAUGAGAUGAAGCAGAAAGACCAGGUUGUUGAACUGCUAAUUAACAACCUACACCAAGAAGAUACUGGAGACAGACAGACCAUGGCUACCUUAAGUGUGCAGGCCGUCCCAGUUCUUUUCAGACAAGAGCUACAAGACAAAGAGUCAGAGGAGGGCAGCUCAGCCACUCUGAGCUGCGAGCUCUCUAAACCUGGAGCUCCAGUGGAGUGGAGGAAGGGAGGAGUGGUGCUCCAGCCUGGUGAUAAGUAUGAGAUCAAACAGGAAGGACGUAACGUAGAGCUGUUAGUUCGCAAUCUGAAACUGGAAGACAUGGGGGACUAUAUUUGUGACUCUGGUGACCAGACUACCACUGCAUCUUUAAAAGUCAAUGCCCUGCCGGUUUUUUUCAAACAAGAACUCCAGAACCAGGAGUCAGUGGAGGGAGGCACUGCCACUCUGUGCUGUGAGCUCUCUAAACCUGGAGCCCCGGUGGAGUGGAGGAAGGGAGGAGUGGUCCUGUGCCCUUGUGGCAAAUAUAAAAUGGAACAGGAGGGCUCCAGCGCUGUGUUAUUGAUUCAGAAUGUAGAACCUGAGGAUUCCGGAAACUAUACUUGUGAUACAGGAGAUAAGCAGAGCACCGCUGCCUUGACAGUGAAGGCCCUGCCAGUGUUUUUUAAGACGCUGCUGGAGAGCAAGGAGGCAGAGGUGGGUGACAAUGUCACCAUGCGCUGUGAAGUCACUAAACCAGGUGCCCCGGUGGAGUGGACGAAGAAAGACGUGGCGCUGCAUCCCAGCGAAAAAUAUGAGAUGAAACAGGAAGGGACUUUCGCUGAGCUGGUCAUUUAUAACCUGCAGACUAAAGACACUGGGGAGUAUACGUGUGAUACUGGGGACCAGAAGACCACGGCCACUCUCACAGUCACAGAACCAGAUGUCACCAUAGUGAAAGGUCUGGAAAGCCAGACGGUGUUUCAGGAGGAGAAUGCAGUGUUUCAGUGCCAGCUCUCUCAUGAGAAUGUGAGAGAUAUGCAGUGGAAGCUCCAGGACAACCUGCUGCUGAGCAACGAGAUGAACAAGAUCUCCGUAGAGGGCAAGGUGCACACCCUGACCCUCAGGAACGUCACAAAGGAGGACUCCGGCAGCGUGGUCUUCUGUGUUGGACCUUACACCUCCACAGCUGAGCUCAAAGUGAAGGGCCCCCCGGCUCACUUUACGCUGGUUCUGUCAGAUGUGGAGGUGGAGGAGAGUGCCACAGCCACCCUGAGCUGUGAGCUCUCCCAGCCUGACUGCCUUGACAUUCAGUGGAGGAAAGGCUCGCUGCCCAUAUCCCCCAGCAGCAAGUACCAGAUGAGGCAGAUGGGCACUGUCCACACCCUCUCUAUCAACCAGGUUACUGCUGAGGAUGUGGGGGAGUACACCUGUGACAAUGGCCAGCAGCAGACCACUGCAAAACUGACUUUGAAAGCCCUGCCAGUCUUUUUCAAGCAAGAGCUCCAAAACCAGGAAGCAAAGGAGGGCAGCACUGCUACCUUGCGCUGUGAGCUCUCCAAAUCAGGUGCCCCAGUGGAAUGGAGAAAGGGAGGAGUGGUACUCCAGUCCAGCAAUAAGUAUGAGAUGAAGCAGAAAGACCAUGUUGCUGAGCUACUAAUUAAAGAUGUACAAUCUGAAGACAGUGGAGACUACACCUGCAAUACUGGAGAGCGACAGACCACUGCUUCUGUUUUUGUUGCAGAGCCUGCAGUCGCGAUAGUGAAAGAGCUUAAGAAUGUGUCAGUGUUUGCGAACGAGGAUGCAGUAUUCUCAGUCGAGUUGUCCCUUCCAUGUGUGAAGGACGUGCAGUGGAAGCUGGGGGGCGUACCCUUGCAGCACAACGAGAUGAACGAGAUUGCCACUGACAGUGGGGGCCGUGUGCACACCUUGACGCUCAGAAAGGUCACGCAAGAUGAUUCUAGCUCUGUGACUUUCAGGGCUGCAACUUGCACCAGCACUGCUGAACUCACAGUCACAGCCCCCCCGCCUGUGAUCUUCAAGAAGAUGCUGGAAAGCCAGGAGGUGGAGGAGGGCAGUAAUGCGUUCCUGCGCUGUGAGAUCUCGCAGCCCGACGCCCCUGUCACCUGGAGGAGGAAGCAGGCUGUUCUUUCUCAGGGAGACAAGUACACCCUGCAGCAGAGAGGCACCAGCGUGGUGUUGAUCAUCCACAAUCUGAUCCCUGAGGAUGCCGGCGAGUACACCUGCGACUCUGGAGAUCAGCAGACCAUGGCUUCACUGUCUGUCAAAGCCUUACCAGUGGUUUUCAAACAAGAGCUCCAGAACCUGGAGGUGGAGGAGGGCAGCACUGCUACCCUGCGGUGUGAGCUCUCUAAACCUGGAGUCCGUGUGGAGUGGAGGAAGGGAGGAGUGGUGCUUCAGCCCAGUGAUAAGUAUGAGAUGAAGCAGACAGGCUCAGUUUUAGAGUUACUGAUUCACGACUUGGAACCUGAAGACAACGGCUACUAUACUUGCGACACUGGAGAACAGCUGACAACUGCUUCAGUUGCAGUGCAAGAGGGGGAAAUAAAGAUAGUGUCUGGUUUAAAGAACUCAGAUGUCUUUGUGGGGGAACAGGCCACCUUCUCCUGCCAGCUCUCUCGCAAGGGCAAUAAGGAGGCGCAGUGGUGGCUAGAUGGCUGUCCUCUGCAGAACAGUCCGUUCAAUGAGAUUGCUGUCCAGAACAGCACCACCCACACCCUUACCUUAAAGAACCUGGCCGCUGAAGACUCAGGCACAGUGACGUUCCGAUCUGGGAGCCUCAUUUCUUCAGCCAAAUUAUUAGUCAAAGAUCCGACCAUAGAGGUAGUCAGUCCGAUGGAGGACAUGAUUGUGGAGGAAGACAAGCCAGCUGAGUUUAUCUGCCAGUACUCCAGACCUGUGCAGGCUGUGUGGAAGAAGAACGGCAGGCAAAUCGAGCCCGAUGGCCAGAGGAUUGUUGUGGAAGAGGACUGGAAUGUUGCCAAACUGAAAAUAAACUACGUCACCCCAGAAGACAGUGGGACGUACACUUGUGAAGCUGAGGGAACCAGAGUAAUGGCUCUUCUUGAUGUAAAAGCUAAGCCGAUAGAUAUUAUCCAGGGCCUAGAGAACGUGGAAACCGUGGAGGGUGGUGAAGCCCUUUUCGAGUGCUACCUGUCCAGGACUGAGCUUCACGCAUACAGGUGGCUGAUUGAUGAUCAGCCUGUGAAGGAGUCAGAGAACGCAGAAAUGGUAGCCUUUGAGAGUGGCCGUAGACAUCUCCUGCUCCUCAAAAACCUAAGCCCAGAGGACAGCGGCAGGGUCAGCUUCUUGGCUGGAAACGUUGUCUCUUCGGCAUUGCUGGCAGUGAGAGGAUGGAAACUGAAUGUGGUGAGGCCCUUGGAGGAUUCUGAAGUUGCUGUUGGUGGCCAGGCAGAGUUCAGCUGUGUCCUGAGUGAGUUUGUACCUGUGGCUGAGGUGAGCUGGUACGUGAACGACGUUGAGAUCCAACCUGACGACACCUGGGCAAUUCAAGCAGAUGGAAACUCUUACAGGCUCAUCCUUAAAGUGGCUCAGCCACAGUUCACUGGGGAGGUGACGUUUGCUGCCAGGGAUGCCAUCUCCUCUGCCAAACUGACAGUGAUCGCUUUGCCUGACCCCCCUGAAGACCCGGAGCUGGUGAGUAAGAACAGCCAGUCGGUGACGCUGUCCUGGUUCACACCACUUAAUGACGGCGGCGGGGCCAUUCUCGGCUACAACGUGGAGAUGCGAUUGGCAGACAGUGUCCUCUGGUUGCCAUGCAACACCAAGCCCAUUAGGAACACAGAGUUUGUGAUGGACAACCUCAUCCCCGGCAUGGGGUACCGAUUUCGAGUGUCGGCCGUAAACAGGGCCGGCAUUGGGGAGCCUGUCCAUUUACCUCAAACUGUACAGCUAGAUGCCCCAGUUGCAGUGAUAAAGCCUUUGUCCAGCCCCACCUUGAAGGUGGGGGAGCCAGCAUGCUUGGAGUGUGAGCUGUCGGUUGAUAACAAUGUUGUUACUUGGCUGAAGGACAACAAGAACAUCCAGCCUGGGAAGAAGUACCAGGUGGUCUCAGAUGGAAAGAGACAAGCUCUGAUCAUCCAGGACUUCAGAGCUGCUGAUGAGGCAGUGUACACCUGUGUCACCUCAUCUGGGGCUGAAACCUCUGUGGGUCUGGAACUUGGAGCUAAGGUAACCCAAGAAGGAAUGGAGAUUCCAGUCACCACUGAUGUAGAGGGACUGUUAACCCAACCCAGCUUGCCGCCUGAAGCUGCCCAAGAGGGUGACCUGCAUCUACUAUGGGAGGCCCUGGCGAAGAAACGCAGAAUGAGCCGAGAGCCCACUUUGGAUUCCAUCUCAGAGGUACCUGAAGGAGACGACAAGGUUUCCAAGCAGAAGAGGAAAUCAGAAGAGCCUCCCAGACCAAGCGACAUAGAACAGUUCUGCACAAGCUCAGAUGAUGACUCAAGGGCAGGUACACCGUCCUUAGUCUCUUACCUUAAGAAAGCAGGCCAGUCUACAGUGACCAUAGAAGGUGGUCAAGCACAGACUAUUGCCACCAAACAGUUUUGGAAACUCUGGGAACCCUCUGGUGCAGAACCUGAAGCUCCUAUUCCCCAACAAGCUGUCGUUGCUGAAGAACCGCCAAUCAAAAUUAGUAAAGAGGAGGAAUCUGAGAUGACCGAGGCAGCUAUCAAGAUUCAGGCUGCCUUCAAGGGCUUCAAAGCCAGGAAGGAACUUAAGAAACAUGGAGCCCCUGUUUUUGGAGAGGUGUUUAAGGACCAGACCUGUGAGCCCAAUGGAACCAUUCAUCUAGAAUGUGUGUCACUCUGCAAGUCAGACAUCCAGGUCUGUUGGUUGAAAGAUGGGGAGAAACUGACUGAUGGACGCCACCACCACAUUGACAUCUACAACGAUGGGACAUGCUCCUUGAUUAUUACAGCCCUGACCCCUAAAGAUACCGGGGUAUACACUUGUGAGUUGUCCAACAAGCUUGGUAGAGGAGUCCACAGCGCCAAGGUGACAGUGGGUAGCCCCCGGGACGUGCCCAGCAGGGGGCCCAAGCAGCUUCAAUACGGGUACAGUGCAGACAGUGAGCCUGAGAGCUCCUCAGGAAGUGAGAUAGAUGACGGCAUAAGGAAAGCUGGUAAAAGGUUGAGGCGGCUUUUAAGGACCAGGCUUUCCAAGGAUAUGCCAGAUGUGGAGGAAGAAACAUUUGUUAGUGCCGAUGAAGGAGAGCUAGAGUCUGCGGACAAGCAUACCUACCGGGAAGACGACAAGUGCAUAUAUAUAAAGUUUGACACCCUUCCUGAGGCUCAGGUUGCCUGCAGACGCUUCCAGGAGAUGUUUACCGCUCAGGGUGUCCCCAUAGAAACUGAAAUCCUGGAGGAAGGCCUGCGCAAAGUGGAGCUUUGCAUUAUGAAGAUGCCACCCCCAAUGGCCGAUCAAGGGGAGCUGACCCCCACCCAGGAGAAAGUGCAGCCUGUUUACUCGCCUGCUGGUUCUGCUCCCCCUGUCUUCUUAACCGAGCUGCAAAGCCAGGAUGUCCAGGACGGUUAUCCGGUCAGCUUUGACUGCGUGGUCAGCGGGAAACCUCCCCCCUCCGUUCGCUGGUUCAAAGAUGGCAAGCUGAUUGAAGAGAAUGACCACUACAUGAUCAAUGAGGACCAGGAGGGCUGUCACCAGCUUAUCAUCACCGCUGUCUACCCCACUGACAUGGGGGUAUACCGUUGCAUGGCGGAGAACUACAGUGGCAUCGCCUCCACCAAAGCUGAGCUCAAAGUCGACGUUUCCUGCAGCUCUGACUAUGACACAGCGGCCGACGCAACUGAGACGUCGUCAUAUGUCAGUGCAAAAGGCUAUCUUUCAAGAGAGCAGGAGGGAGUGGAGUCUAUGGCUGAAGAGGAGCAGCUUCCCCAGGUUUUGGAAGAGCUUCAUGAUGUUCUUGUGAGCCCUGGAGCCCCCAUCGCUAAAAUGCAUGUCCAAGUAAAAGGUUGCCCUUCACCACGCGUGUACUGGUUCAAAGAUGGGCAGCCCCUACGGCCCUCGGACAGGGUGCUGAUGUCUGCAGAGAAAGGGCUGCACUCCCUGGAGAUCCUGGAAGUCUCCAGAGAGGAUGCUGGAGAGUAUUCCAGCUACAUCAGCAACUCAGCUGGAUCAGCAUACUCUUCUGCCAGGCUGGUUGUAAAGAGUCCUGGAGAGCGGAGUGCUGAAGUAGGCAAACCAGAAGCAGGGAAAGCAAAGGGUGCUAAGCAGAUGCUGGUUCCUCCACGCUUCCUGGAGAGAUUCUCCAACAGGAGGGUGAAGAAAGGCUCCAGCAUCACCCUGUCUGUGAAAGUAGAAGGCUCGCCAGUGCCUAUGAUCACCUGGCUGAAGGAGGAGUCUGCGGAGGAUGUGCUCUGGAUCAAGCCUACGACGCCUGGCUAUAAAGUGGCAAGCUCCAACAUGCAACACAGCCUGAUCCUGCUGGACGUGGACUCAGAAUACAGUGGCAUCUACACCUGCAUCGCCACCAACAUGGCGGGCCAGUCGAUCUGCACAGCACACCUCGAUGUGGUGGAGGUGACAGAAGUGGACCAUGUAGAAAAAGACAAGACCACAAAGGAAACCCACACUUUUACCCAUGAGAUUGAAGAAGAAACAUUAAGAGAAGUAAGAGAGCAAGUCAAAGGCGUCCUGGGCAUCUCUGUGCACCCCCCUGAGCCUGGUCACAUCUUUGAUGGUCUAGGAGGAUCUAAAAAGGGUCUGCAGAUGGAAGGAGAGAUGAGCAAGGCCUCCUCACAGUUCCUCGGAGAGGUCGGCACAGAGGAGUUCCUGCAGAAACUGACUUCUCAGAUCACAGAGAUGGUCUCUGCCAAGAUCACACAAGAUAGCAUAAGGAGGCGACACCCAGUGCUCCAGUGGAUGAGGUCAUGCCCCAACAUAUACACGUCUUUGCGUGUCCCUGGGAUGGACAGCGAUGACGAGUCAAAGACUCCCUCCCCUUCACCCCACCACGGACGAUCCAGACCUUCCUCCGUCAUCAUAGAUUCUUCUUCUGAAUCGGAUGAAGGAGAGGCCAGAGGAGAGAUGUUUGAUAUCUACGUGGCUACAGCGGACUACUCUCCCGUUGGUCUUGAUAAAGAAUCCAUCACUCUGAAGGAAGGGCAGUACGUGGAGGUCCUCGAUUCAGCACACCCGCUCAAAUGGCUUGUCCGAACCAAGCCCACCAAAUCAACACCGUCCCGCCAGGGAUGGGUCUCGCCGGCUUACCUCGACAAAAAACUGAAGUUAUCUCCGGAUACCCCUGCAGGAGAGGCCCCUGAGUUCCCUGGAGAGGAGGUGUCUGAAGAGGAGUACAAGAGAAAGCUCUGCCAUCUUAUCGAGGAGUUAAUAAACACUGAAGAAGAGUUUGUGAGGGAUCUGGACUUCUUUGUGUCUCAUCACCUGCAGCACAUGGACACAAGCCCUGACAUCCCACCAGUCAUUGCCAGCCAAAAGGCAACCAUCUUCAGGAACAUUGAUGAGCUCAGUAUCUUCCAUAGCAGCACCCUCCUCCCUGGCCUGAGUCAGUGCGACACAGAUGAUGAUGUUGCCAUGCGCUUCAUUAAAAACUUGGACGGCUUUGAGAAGUACAUCCAGUUCCUGGUGGGAAGAUCACAGGCUGAGUCUGUUGUGCAUAGUAGAGCAGUCCAAGACUUCUUCAAGAAAUACACUGAAACCGAACUUGCCAUCAAAGAUCCAUCUCAGCUCCCUGUCCUGUCAGUGCCUGACUACCUGGAGAGACCACUUGGUAGGAUCCAGAAAUACAAGGCAGUGCUCAAGGAGAUGAUCCGCAACAAAGCCAGAAGUGGCCAGAACUGCGCCCUGCUGGAAGAGGCCUUUGCCAUUGUGUCCUCCUUGCCUCGCCGGUCUGAGAACACCCACCACGUCUCCUUGAUUGAAAACUACCCGGCCAAUCUGGAGGCCCUUGGGGAGCCCAUCCGACAGGGACCGUUCACUGUGUGGGAAGGGGCACCUGGGGCAAGAGCAUCCUUCCGCGGACACCACCGUCACGUGUUCCUCUUCAAGAACUACGUCCUGAUCUGCAAACCAAAGCGAGACACCAACACAGAGACCCAGGCCUAUAUCUUCAAGAACAUGAUGAAGCUCACAAACAUUGACUUGAAUGACAUGGUGGAAGGGGAUGACCGCGCAUUUGAGGUCUGGCAUGAGCGUGAGGACUCUGUGAGGAAGUACACCUUGCAGGCCCGCACCGUUAUCAUCAAGAACUCAUGGGUGAAGGACAUCUGUGACCUUCAGCAGCGCUACAGCCUGCCUGCCUGGAGUCCCCCAGAUUUUGAGGAGGUGCUGGAUAACUGUACAGCUGAGCUGGGAGAAACUGUCAAACUAGCAUGUAAGGUCUCAGGGACUCCCAAGCCAGUCAUCACAUGGUACAAAGAUGGUAGAGCAGUGGAAGUGGACCCCCAUCACAUCAUCAUUGAGGACCUUGACGGUUCCUGCACCCUGAUCCUUGACAACCUCACGGCUGAUGACUCGGGACAGUACAUGUGCUUCGCUGCCAGCACUGCUGGGAAUGCCAGCACUUUGGGGAGGAUCAUCGUAAAAAUGCCUCCAAGGUUUGUUAACAAGCUGAGGAACACCCCACUAAUUGAAGGAGAGGAUGCCCAGUUCACCUGUACAAUUCAAGGAGCUCCAAACCCAGAGAACAGAUGGUACAAAGAUGGUAAACUGCUGACAGACAAGAGCAAAUACCAGACAUUCAGUGAGGCUCGCAGUGGAGUCCUGGUCCUGGUCAUCAAGGAGCCCGGAGAGGGAGACCUUGGACAAUACGAGUGCAAGCUCAAGAACAGACUGGGAUCUGCGAGCUGCACUGCUGAGCUGUACCUACAAUCUCCAGCACUGUUGACUCCAGAAAGGAGAGGGGAGCAAGCUAUCACCAUAGAAGUCACUGAGCAAGAGACUAAAGUGCCAAAGAAAACCAUCAUCAUAGAAGAGACAAUCACCACGGUGGUCAAGACUCCAAAGGUGAAACGUCGUGUAUCUCCCGGAAUAUCCCCUUCCCGGAUAUUGAGGUCUGAGACAUCAACUCCAGAACCACUCCCGGUCACCAGGCAGAAGAAACCUGGGGUGAGACCCCAACAAGAAACGGCAAAAAAAGCAGUCAUCCCUGCCCUUUUUGUGACAGAACCUGAGGAGGAACAAGGGGCAACUGCAAGGUCUGUUGCCACGUUGACAAAGGCUGAAGAACAAAAAUCAAGGUGGAUAGAAGUUGAGGAGAUCAUUGAGUACAAAGUGAAGAAAUCCCCCAAGCUUCAGAGGAAAAGGGGAACCUCUCCUGCUAAGCCUGAGAGAGAGCAGGAAAUCAGGUCCUUCUCUGUGCCUGCUCCCAGGCCCAAGUGGUCUCCCAGAAACGAUCCAAAUAGUAACAACUCCAACAACAAACUAGUUGAUCAGACAGGGUCCGCUCUUCCAGAUGAUAGUCUCACAGAUGUCAAUAUUCAGCCACUUUCCUGGGGAGAUGAACAAAACGCUUCUUUAGCAGAGAGUGAGUGCAUGAGCCCCAGUGUCUCUUCAGAACCAGGUACUCCCUGUGAACCAAACACCAGUUAUUCUGCAGAUAGCAGUUCUAAACCCACAACUAAGACAACUACCAGCUUCAGGCUAAAGGAAUUUGCAUCUCCCAUGGUUGCUGAAGUUGGUAAAACUCUUGUCUUCAGCUUUGAAACAUCUGAAACCGACCAGAGUGACAUUUCACUAGAAACUGACACUUCAGCAGAAGCUGAUGCUUUAACCGAAGUAUCAGAGCAUGCAGAAGUGACCCCAGAUCAAAAAGAAUGGUCAAGUGAAGAAAAUGUCAUUGUUGAAGAACCAGAAGCAGAAGACGAUAACCUUGGGAACAGAGAUGCCAAGAUCCUGACCCAUGAUGGAAAGGCACUAACUUUAGAGGAUCUUGAGGAUUACGUCCCGCAAGAAGGAGAAACCUAUGGAUGUGCAGAUAAUGAUCAGCCACCUGCUGGAGACAAGCCCUGUGAAAUAUCUGUCCUCCAGAGAGAAAUCAAUGAACCAACUAUCGGAAAACCAGUUCUACUCAAUGUUGGAAGGCCACUCGUUCCUAAGCCCAGGCAGAGCUUCUUUAGCCGGUUCAAAGAGCACCUAACUGGUAGCCUUUUCAUGUCAGCCUCUCGGACAGCCAACAUUCAGUCCACAGGGGAACCAGGCAUAUCCAUGCGUGUUAGUGAAACUCGCACAGAUGGUAUCACUCAUUCGUUGGCAGCGGCUGCCCCAGUGAGCCAACCUACUCUUGAGGUAAAACCGUCUUAUUGCACAGAGGUCCAGAGGUCCCUGGACAACAAGCAACAGAGUUUCAAAACAGAAGUUUCUGCUCGAACCUUCAGCUAUGGAACAGUGAGAGAGCCAGUCAUGCUUCACAUCAGCAAGAAAGACAAGCAUGAGCCCCCAAAUCAAUAACAAGUUGCACAAUUGGAAUGAAUUAAGAACCUAUUUCAGUUUAGCAUAUGACAAGCAGACCUUAAAGAGACAUUUUAGUCUUAAAUGGGGAACAUUUAUGUAAACUUUACUUAAAGAUGUAAAAACAUGCUUGCAAUUAUUGUAAAUGACAGCAGAUCAUUCCAUAUCAAUGCACUGAUGCUGAAUAAUACACAUGGAUAGGGGCUAUCCUACUUUGUGAAUAAAAUUAAAGUUUUGGACUGGACUACAAAUCAAAUAACUGUGUCUAAACUACAUUGCUUUAACAUCAAAUGUAGUCUUUUAAUCUGCUUAUACAGAUUUUGCAAGCAUUUGUCAAGGGUUAUCUGUCUAUCUUGGUGACCUUAAGAGUCAAAUAGGAAAUUAAACUGAGAAACUUUACAAUGUAUGGUAUUUGCAAUGCCUUCUUGUUGUUGUCUGAGCACAAGACAAAUAGAUUGAUUUAUUUGAAUAGUUUUGCUCAGGUGAAGUUGCAAAAAAAACUUAAGUUAAAUGAGAUAUAUAAGUGAAUAGGCCUGCUUCAGUCAAAUCAAUCUAAUACAUUUGAAAACAACUAAUCGGGGUAUUUAUGUAUGGAGGGAGUGAGUAGUCGCACAUUUUGAUAUACAAUGUUUGGUUUGGUUUGGUUUUUUUAAGUAUGGCAUAACUGUAAGGAAUGACAAACAUGUUUACUUUUGCAGUAAUUUGCAGUAAGACUGUUUUGAGGGUGAGGUCAUUUAAGAACCAGGGAAACAUUUUUGUUUCUUGAGAAUUAUAACAAAUGGUAAUUUUAAAUUGUGUGCAAAAUGAAAGGAAAAUACAAUGGCAAAAUAAUAAAACACAUAUGUAUGUUAUUUUGUAUCAUAUGCCAAAGCUGAAGCACCAGAUAGAACCUAGGUAAAUAAUAAUUAAAUAUAAUUGAAUUGACAAAAAUUAACAAAUAAAAAGGUUUAAAUGUCAACCUCCAUAUCUUCAAAUACAGCAACUGAUUCUACCCUGCCUAUUAAAGUAUAAUUACUGCACACAUUAAUAGAGUUAGGAAGAGGCAGGGUGGUGUUAUAAUUUCAAGACUUCUUAAUUUGUGUUUAGUAGACCAUUUUAGUGUUGCACACUGAUACCUCCAUAGCCUGUGGUAACUGUUGUGACUUCAUCCUCACUACACCAUACUCAAAUACUGAAGUCAGGUGUCCUAAACACAUUCUGUGAUCAGAUACAGUGGUCUCUGUUUACUUUAAAUAAGUCAUACUUUGAGACUUUUGAAUGACUCACAAUAUGUAAGGAAUGUGAAAUAACAUUUUUUGACAAAAGCACAACAACACUAGAUUGGCUGAUCUGUUGACUGAGAGAAACGUAUUAUACAAUGUUUGCUUGAUACUCUGGAAGUUCUUCUCGAUCAGAUGUUUACAGUGACUCCUUUCUUGUACAGUGAAAGAAAACAGGUUUUGCCACCAGUUCUUCUAUUUAAUGGAAUCUGAUUCUAUUAACCACAAGUACAGGAACAUACAUUGGCAACUUUUCAGCCGAGUGAUGGAAAUGGCUGAUCCUCAGAUCUGUUGGGUGAUGGAUGUUGGGUUUAAAAAAUAUCCAGUGUUUAAUAUGACAAAUCAUGAAUUAAUGCCUGUUCGAAAACUGAUGCAAGGUUUGUGUGAAGAUACUUGAUAGAUGUUUUCUUUAAAAAAACAAAACAAAAAAAAAAAACUUAUGCACAAAAGAUAGAAUACACUGGAGUAAAUAGAAAACACUAAUUGUUACUGUAAUCUCAUGGGAUUUUCUGUGUGACGUGUAACAAUGUCAAGUUUUGUUUGAAGUACUUGUAAUGCUUUUUUUCUGCUUUUGUUUCACUAUAAUGUGUCAGAUAAUAAGUUUUAUUCUAGAGGAAAUAAAUAUCUUGCAUCAGUAUUAA